AUGAGAGUAAUGACCAGCUGGCAGUUCAAUCUUCAAAUGACCUUUUUGGUAUGCCAUAUACCCAUUCUGGCGUGCCCCUGCAUGCAGAAAUACUUUAGCUUCCGAGAGGUUCUUGCAGCUUCGCUUCUAGGUGCAUCUCGAUUCAGCGACGUGCAGACCGGCUUUUCUCUGGACAAGCCCACGCUGGCCUGGCCUCUUGGUUCAGCUAUUCCUUCCCGCCGCUUCUGUGUUAUCAUCACGUUCAUCCACGUGCCGAUUCACUAUCGUUAUCCCUUAUCCCCCGCAGCCUGCCUCAGGUUCUUCUGUUUCCACCAUCUUCUGCAGGCCGGUUUUCCCACCAAUGCUAUCGAUAUCUCUAGCAGCAUCAUGAAUCGCGUACUCCAGCCACCAAGACCCGCUGCCUUUCCUCAACCGUACGAUAUCGAGAAUCUCCUCAUCCUGCCCCGAGAUACCACCGGUCUUUUGCGGCUGACGGGGGACUAG